UACAGGAAUUGGAUCUAACGAAAAAAAAAAUUGCUGCAAUGAAACUUCUUGGUGCUCUGGUAUUUUUGGCCCUUUGCUAUGAAAUUCAAUCGGCAGCAACUCGUUUCUGUGGCCAAAAUUUGGUUCAGAUUCUGGACGCUGUGUGUGUAGAUGGUUUCUAUGGCAUGCAGAUGAGUAAAAAGUCCAUGGGACGACUACUUCAUCAUGGAUUAUUGGAUGUAAUUGGAUCAAAUGAAAUCGACAAUGAGGCACACCCUAAAUCCAGUUCCCUGCUCAGUGAUAUGUUGUCUGGCGAGGGAUUGAAUGGUCUAGCCAAGACUCGCAGACAACGUCAUUUGAAUGGAGUCUAUGAUGAAUGCUGUCGAAAAGGUUGUACAUUGAAUGAAAUCGCCGGAUACUGCCUUUAAAUGAUUGCUUGUAUAAA